CCAAUGGGUGGGAGCUGGGGGUGGGGCUCUCCGAGGGGCGGGGAAGGACAGGGUGCGGGGAGGGGGGUUGCAGAAGGAGUCGAGCGGCUGCUGCUCAAUGGCGGAAAAGCCGCCGGUGUUCUGACCGCUUCGUCCCCCUAGCAGUUGCGGGGGAGUUUCUUGCCGGCGCGGCUGGAGUCUCUGUUUCUCAGGGUUCGGUGGCUGGAAGAUGCUCCAGAGAGACGAGGCUGCGGCGGAGGAGGUGGCGGCGGCCGAAUCGGCAACGGCGCUAGGGUGGAGAGAAGGCGGCAGCGGCGGCGGCGGCGGCGUGCGGGGCCCAACGGUGUAAACAGCCCCGGAGGCGGCGGAGGCGGUGGCUAAGACCCCGAGGGGGAAGCGGCGGCUGAGCCAGGGUCGCGCCUCCGUUGGAAGCCUGGGCUGAGUGCAGCAGAGGGGCUCUGCGGCGGGCGCGAGCGGACGCCCUAGACCUCGCCUCCCUCCCUCGCCCCAGAUUCAUUACUAAACAUGGGUGCAUUUUUGGAUAAACCCAAAACUGAGAAACAUAAUGCUCAUGGUGCUGGGAAUGGUUUACGUUAUGGCCUGAGUAGCAUGCAAGGAUGGAGAGUGGAGAUGGAAGAUGCACACACAGCUGUCGUAGGUAUUCCUCACGGCUUGGAAGACUGGUCGUUUUUUGCAGUUUAUGAUGGUCACGCUGGAUCCAGAGUAGCAAAUUACUGCUCAACACACUUAUUAGAACACAUCACUAAUAAUGAAGACUUUAGGGCAGCUGGAAAAUCAGGAUCUGCUCUUGAGCCUUCAGUGGAAAACGUCAAGAAUGGUAUCAGAACUGGCUUUUUGAAAAUUGAUGAAUACAUGCGUAACUUUUCAGAUCUCAGAAAUGGCAUGGACAGGAGCGGUUCAACUGCAGUGGGAGUUAUGAUUUCACCUAAGCAUAUUUACUUCAUCAACUGUGGUGAUUCACGGGCUGUUCUGUAUAGGAAUGGACAAGUCUGCUUUUCUACCCAAGAUCACAAACCUUGCAACCCAAGGGAGAAAGAGCGAAUCCAAAAUGCAGGAGGCAGCGUAAUGAUACAGCGUGUUAAUGGUUCAUUAGCAGUGUCUCGUGCUCUGGGGGACUAUGAUUACAAGUGUGUUGAUGGCAAGGGCCCAACAGAACAACUUGUUUCUCCAGAGCCUGAGGUUUAUGAAAUUUUAAGAGCAGAAGAGGAUGAAUUUAUCAUCUUGGCUUGUGAUGGGAUCUGGGAUGUUAUGAGUAAUGAGGAGCUCUGUGAAUUUGUUAAAUCUAGGCUUGAGGUAUCUGAUGACCUGGAAAAUGUGUGCAAUUGGGUAGUGGACACUUGUUUGCAUAAGGGAAGUCGAGAUAACAUGAGUAUUGUACUAGUUUGCUUUUCAAAUGCCCCCAAGGUCUCAGAUGAAGCAAUGAGAAAAGACUCAGAGUUGGAUAAGUACUUGGAAUCACGGGUGGAAGAAAUUAUGGAGAAGUCUGGUGAGGAAGGAAUGCCUGAUCUUGCCCAUGUCAUGCGCAUCUUGUCUGCAGAAAAUAUCCCAAAUUUGCCUCCUGGGGGAGGUCUUGCCGGCAAGCGCAAUGUUAUUGAAGCUGUUUAUAGUAGGCUGAAUCCACAUAGAGAAAGUGAUGGGUUUGAACCUUCAGUUGUAUACUUAGACAGCCUUUUCACCUUCUGAAUGGCAGUCUUGGGCACAUCCACUUGUAAACCUGUUGAGAACUUUGGUGACAAGAAAGGCAGUGGCUGGCAGACCUUACAAGGCCUUAAAAUUACAUGAACGAAAAGGUUUUUUGUAAACAUGAAAGACAAACGAACCCAACAUUAUGUAAUUAUAGUAUUUAUACUGCUGUUAACCUUUAAUCUUACAGCCCAUUCAUUAAUGGAGGCAGAGAAGAACAUCGCUGCACCCUUCAAAAUCAUAUUUUGCUCUGUGCACGUGUUAAUUACCUGUGGCUUCUUGGCAGUACUUUUGCUUUUAUUCCAGGGACUUUCAUGGUUAAGGGCAGGCUUUAAUAAAAGUCAUUAUUGUUUCCCUUCUAAAAGCACCAUUUAAAUCAGAAGUUACUGGAUUUCUAAAUGUUUAUGUAAGAGCAUCUUGUGACUGAUUUUAUGGCGCCCAGAUCUCAUCUGAAAUAUGAGUUACAGUGUUUAUAGUUAAUGUAAAGGGAAAUAGGUUUGUAAGUGGCUUAUUCUACAUGAAUACAAAUCUUAAUAACCCCCCUAAAUUAGACACUUUUUAGCUUAACUUUGAUGACUUCAAAGACCUGCCUUUAGGAAUAUAGAAGGUAGUGAAUUUCUUGAUCAGGCAAGGAAUUGGCUCAAGUAUUUUCUCAUAGAUGCUUUUUCCAGUGGCCAAAAGAGAGUCCUUUUGGACAACAAUACAUCAUCUAGGUAAGCUCCCCUUUUGUACCUUUUAUUACAAUUCCAUUUGCUAAUUUACUUAUUUUAUAUUUCUUAUUGUGUUAUGAAUGAACUGUUUUUCUUCCAAUAUAUUUUUAAUUCAUACCUUGGUAUAAUCAGGGAGUAGUAAUUGACUGACUGAACAGUAACUAUGUACAUUCCCUUUCUGAGAGAUUUUAUUUCCACUCUGAGAUUGAAAGGUACGAAAAAGUAUAAAAACAAAAAGAACAGGUUCGGUCCUUAUGCAGAAUGGUAUGCCAAGGUUAAUUCUUGCUUUUCCAAAGAAAAUUGAUGUAAAUAUUCUAGGAGGUAAUAUAGAAAAAAUGUUGACAGACAGUAAAUAAUUUCUUUUAGGGUAAAUCAUGAAAAAGUUUCCUUUUUAAAUCCCUGAUGAUUCUAGGAUAUAGUUAUGUGGAACAGCAAAUUUCUUUCAUGUAUUACAUGGAUUUAUUCAUGUUUUGUGUGAUCUCUGAGAAUGAAUGUUGAAAUGGUCUUAAGGGAAUCUCAGCUAUGCAGUAAUUAUGCCUAGAGCUUUUGUGUAGUGUACCAAGACAUACCUUUAACGAAGACAAGUUGAAAUCAGUUAGAAUUAGGUUCAUGCCACAUAUUUUCAAAUAGUUAUGGGUAAUCUAAAUUAUAUAGAUAAAGCCAUAAGUUAAAUACAGCUGGAAGAUUGGCUAUGUAAAAUUAUCUUUGAAAAGGAAGCAGUUCCCUUCUAAGAACCCAUGUUUGUAUAUAUUUAUAUAAUAUUUUUUAGGGCUCUUGGCUUUUUCAGGGUGGGACACACAUGAAUCUGGCAGUUAAGACAGUGUUCCCUAUUAUAGUAUAACAGCGUAUACAGUACGCUAGUCAAAUGUCUUUCACAAUCAAAAGUUUACACGUCAAUGCUGGCUGCUUUAACACUUGGGAAAAUUUCACUAUCAGAAAGCAACACACUCACAAAUGUUUGUCAAUUUGAGAGAGAAAUUGUGGCCCAUAAAACAAACUCUGAAUGUUUUGUAGUUUUACAUCCUCAAAAGUUUUAACAUAGUAGUUCUGAAGAAUUGUCAUUUGUGUAUUCUUCAAAGAGAGUAAUUUUAUAACUGGACAGAUCUUUAAAUACAUAUUUAUGAAAUCUCAAAGUUGGAAAAUCCCUGAAUACCAAAUGGGCCGCUGAUCCAAUUCUCCGGGGACCAGAAUCUACCUCCAUUUUGGGGGCAGCUCUGCCUGUCCUGGUUGGUUCUGUUUCUUCCUAUCAUUUGUCUUAUGAACCCCUUGGGGCCAAGCAUUUAACCAUGGCUGUUAUGAUGACUCCCAGUAUCUUCUCUUCUGUCACCAGUUACUUCACUGAUACAUUGCGGCUUCAAUUGCCUUUACCAUUCAAACCCCAAUUCUGCAAAGGCUCUAGUUUUCUGUAUCUUAAAGUAUACAACCCAGAACUGAACAUUUAUAGGUAGUAGAACUGUUAUCUUUUGUUCUAGUUAAUGCUCUUCUGUUCUUCUAUUUAACAUUCAAAUACUGAACUAGCUUUUCUGACACCCACAUGAAACUGUUUCAGUCUCUGAGGUUAAUUAUUUUUACUGAUGUUAAUAGUCUUUCCCCAUCCUACACUUGUGCAGUUGGUGUUUCGUUUAACCUGCUUUGCAGGACCUUCAUUUAUUCUAAGUUUUCUUGUGUUAGAUUUAUUAACCUUUUGAAAUAUUUUUGAAUUCAUCUAAGAUAUAUAUGCUAUCUUAUUCUUUUUGGUCACUCCAAAGUUUGAUAGGUAAACACUCAAUAUUGAAUGAAACAAGUCUGAGGACAGUGGCCUGAGAAACUUCUCUUUGAUGUGAUACAAAUUGCCCAGUCUAUUAAUCAGCACCCAUUAGGUAAGAAUUUCAGCAAUUUACUGAUUCAUCUAUCAGCCCGUUUCUCUCCAAGUUUGUCUAUAAGAAUAUCAUGGGAUCUUAUAUUCCUUGCUGAAGUCCUGCAUUUCCCAAAUGUUAGUCAAGUAACUGCCCCCAAAAGUUCAUGAAGUUAAGUCAAACCUGUUGGUACGUAGUGAACAAUGUUCUCUUCCAAAAGGCUUAAAAAACAUUAUCAUUAUAAAUAAGGAUCUAUUCUAGGGCCUUUCCUGGCCCUAGAAGUUGUCCCCAUUUUUUACCUCUUCCAAAACUUGGAACGGCAUUUACCCUUUCUGAUAUUGUGGCCAACACCCACUCCACACUUCUGUAUAACUACAGUGGGCCACCCAGAAAUAUUCCCAGAUUUUCAGUAUCGUUUCCUUGUUUUCCAUUAGCAUAAAAUAGGAAAUCGAGUUCUUAUUGGCCCUAUCACUUGUGUGUAAUUCAACUUAUUUGGAAUUUUCAUUUUGACCCUAUUCCUGUAGGCCCAUGCAAAUUUAGGUGUUUAUUUUUACUUGCGGUGUUUCUUGUAUCAUUUAUGAGUUUUUGAGAUUCUGAACUUGUUACAUUUCUUCCUGUGUAAACUUGUGGUUCUUGUUUUUGUUUUGUUGUUUUACUUCUUUUAGGUACAUCUCUCUUUUAAUUCUUAUGUAUAUGAUUCUUCAAUUUAAAAAGUAUUUAAAAAAAUAACCCUGAUGCACUUAAAAAAAAAAAAUCAAAUCUACAAACUUGGCCUACAGCCUGAGGCCAAGUGUAGCAUGUGGACUGGACAGAAAAGAACAGUGCCACGUCCAGAAGAUGCUAUUCACAUCACAGACAUUGGGUGCUCUUCUAUACAACUUCCUAGCAAGUGGCAGGAAGGUGUUCUUACGAAUAAAAUUAAUAUAGUUAUAUUACAACAAAUAUCUGUCAGGUGGGAAGUAAGGUGACGAGAAAGGAGUCCUUUUUAGAGAGUUUUUUUUUUUUUUUAAUUUAUCAAGGAUGCCACAUGGGCCAGCAGCAGCACUGGAGCCUGGUAUUUAUUCUAGGAAAGGAGAUGAUGUAGCUUCUCUCUUUACAUUCUUCCCUACCUAUAUUAUAUCCUCUUUCCAUUAAAAAAAAUGGGAAAAGGUAGCACUGUAGGAGUGUGGCAGAGGAACUGAGGAGCAUAUAGGUGAUUGUAAAGGACCAACUUUGGCUUUCUAGCCUUGAGUUCAGACUUCUUGGAAGAGCCUCUCUGUGAUACACUCUGGCCACCUUUUUUUUCACUUGUUUUUCUUGACUUUUUUGAUUACUAGGGCUCCAAAAAUAGCAAGUAAGAAAGAAGAUAUUAGAAUGGAAGAAAAUGCCCCAGUUGUAGACAGCUUUAUAAAUUUCUGCAGGUAUAUGAAUUAUAUAUAAUGUAUAAUAUAGGUAGUAUAUUUCUUGGCACACAGUUCUGUGUACAUGCUAUACUUCAAUAAAAAUUUAUUU